UCAUAAAUGGCACCCGCAUUUGCAGCCUGUGUCCACUCUCUGGGAGCACGUGGCACCCUAAUCCGGUGCUCGCUGUGUCCUCAGGAAACAGCGGAACACCGAUCGCUGUAUCGCCAAUCAGUGAUCACUUCCUGACAUCAUUGCUUACUACUAGUAAAAUCUGUGAAUGAUCACAGAGGUCACAUGGUACAGGGCCAUUCACAACAACCUUGUACCAUGUGACAAGCUGUGACCAACCGCAGCUCACAAAGUA